UCCACAUAACCAGGAAGUGAGAACAGAGAUCCAGGGCAUAAACAACAGUGUUUAUCUGGAAUCGCGGAGUACAGGAGAGCCUGUCGUCCACUGUAGACGAGCAGAUAUUCAGUAUUUUUAGACGCAGUUCAAGUUGCCAGCUGUUCCGUGGUUUUAACGAUGCCUUCUUUUACAAGCCAGAGACAAACGCUGGCGUUUUUUUGUGCCGUCGUGCUGUGCGUUAGCUUUGUUAGCCUGGGGGAGUGCCAAACAACAACUCCACCACCAACACCCUGUUCGGCCUACAAAAACUGCGACACUUGUGCUCCUAAUCCCAAGUGUCUGUGGUGUUUCACCAACAACAACUGCACAGAAUACCCAGUGAGCUGGCUGCUGCCUCCAUCGUCAGUGUGCAAGUUGUCCGAGGCCCGAUGGGGAGUGUGCUGGCGUGAGUUGAUCA